AUGACUUUAGUUGACAUAAAAGAAAAUUUAUCUUUGUUUGAUGAUGCAUUUUCUAUUCAUCGACAAAUACCUGAAUUUCAAAUAGAUUCAACAACAUAUGAUCAAUUAAUGGAGAGAAUUAAUAAUAUAAAACAUCCAUUGAUUCUUGUUGCAUAUAUUGAUAAUCAACCAGUUGGUUAUUUAAUGGGUUAUGAACGUUAUUCAUCAUUUUAUAUAUGGAUUGCUGGUGUUCUUCCUAAUCAUCGUCGACAAGGAAUACUAGUUCAACUAAUGAAUCAAACAAAACAAUGGGCUAUGAAAGAAAAAUAUAAUUCGUUGACAAUUAAAACACGUAAUUCUUUCAAAUCAAUGCUUCUCUUUCUUAUUUCACAUGAUUUUAAAAUAAUUGACAUUGAUAAACGACAAUCUGUUGACACUCAUCGUCUUAUUCUAGAAAAACAGUUAAUCAUUCCACAGCAUUCAUCUUCUAAUUGA